AUCGGUCACUUUUUCAACGUAAAUUAUCCGUCCGAUAACGUUAAACUCAAUUGGAUUGUAUCUAAAAGAUUACGUCCGACCUUUGAUUGAAAAUUUUCGGUAUCGUAUCCGAGAUUUGAAACAACAUAAGAGGAUGCAGUUCAUGCCACAGUCGCUCCUAUGGCAUGUCAGGGGGCACACAGAUGAUCACACUCGAAUAUCGAUGAAACGAUAAGCGUCAAAUCGACAAAUGUUUUCUCCACGCGCGUAUUUACGAGUAAAAAACCGGACAAUAUGGGCAAAAUGAACAGUGCGUGCAUAGUUUCAGUUUCUCUCUGGGAUUCCCUGAAAAUACACUUUUUCUCGUGCGUUUACGGGCUGUGGGUGCUUUCGAAGAGGUUGCUGAAGUACCUGUGGAAUGGGAACCUGGAGUAUUCCAGAGCCAAUGUGCGCGAUAGUCCUCCUAGCUGUUUGGAGGACUCGUCUAUAGGUCAACAUAAAUAUGUCAAAUUGAAGGGUAUAAAAAUUCACUACGUAGAAGCCGGAGAAAGAAACAACCCACUACUUCUACUUCUUCAUGGUUUCCCCGAUUUUUGGCUGGGAUGGCGACAUCAGAUACCGGUGUUGGCAGAAGACUACAGAGUGGUAGCCAUGGAUCUCAAGGGGUUCGGGGAUUCGGACAAACCACAGUGGCGGAGCGGUUAUCGUGUAGACGUGAUUUUGGAAGAACUGAAGCAGUUGAUCUCAGCAUUAGGAGCCACAAAUUGUACCAUCGUUGGUCACGAUCUUGGCGCCCUUAUUGGUUGGUAUUUCGUCUACAAAAACCCCACGCUGGUCACCAAAUUCAUCUCGAUCUCUUGUCCCCACCCCAACAUGUUCUGGAACACGUCCUCCAACCAAUGGCUGAACUGCGUCCAGUUGCCGUAUCUACCAGAAAUCGACGCUCUAAAGCACGACGUCCGCAUCAUAAGCGAGUAUCACAAAUACCUACCAGAGAACUACCUCGAGGCCUACAAGUACACCUUCUCCAGAAAGGAAGACUGGACAGGUCCCAUCAACUACUACAGGAACCUACCCUUCAACAAGAUAUCAGAAGACAACAACGAAUCUCUAGAAGUCUACACGGUUCUCAUAACCGGAAGCAAUGAUAAGAUGUUGGGCCUUGAGGCCGUCGUAAAGUCUUCGGACUACUGCGAGAAGGUACGGGUGAAGAUUGUAGAUGGCGCUGGACACUUCCCCCACCAAGAGAAGCCAGAGGCGUUCAACGAAGUGCUGCUCAAGUUCCUGAGGAAGAAGAGGAAGCUGAACAAGACGCCAUCCCAAAGACUGAUGGAGAAGAUGUACGGGGCUGUGUCUUCGACUGUUAAAUUAGGGAAUUCCGUCUUGGAUUCCGUUCAGAAGAGAUCUGGCGUUGUUGCCGUGCCAUCCAUAGAGAAAUCUAAGGGGUUUGUGUGAAGAAGGUGGGGUGGUUUGUUUGAUUUUAUAUGCCCAGUGAGUGAUUUGAUUCGUCAGAUCUAAUGUUAAGAUUUUGCUAUUGUAUGAGUUUUAUGUUUAUUAACUAUUUCUAUAUCUUUAUUAUAAGUGUAUUUCUUUUA